UCCUCCGCAACGCAGCGGAUUCGCCACAGAUCUCUCGCCCCACGUCGCCGCCCUCCUCUCUCCAAAUUCAAAAAUUCCCGAUCCCCUCCUCUCCUCCGCCAUCUCUCUCAAACUCAACGCAUCGGCCUCCCCCUCGCCCGCCUCCUCGAAUGCCCAAACCCUAGCCCGAUCCAGCCGCCGACCGACCCACCUCGAGGGAGCGCCAUGGAGGAGCUGUUCAUGCAGGUGUUCGAGCGGCGGGACUGGGUGGCGGCGCAGCUGCGGCAGCAGGUGGAGUCCUACGACCAGUCCCUCGCCUGCGCGCUCCUCGCCGCCGGCCGCCCCCCCCCGCCGUGGCUCCUCCCGUCGCGCCCCGCUGCGCCGCAGGGGCUGAAUGGCAAACCAGCGCCAUCGGAGUUUGUUUUCACUGGAAGCCAUAUUACCACACCAGCAAUCAAUAGAACUGUCUAUCAGCCUUCAGCUGUUCCUAGUACUUCCUUAAGAAAUGUGGGGCUUCCAAGUGGAUAUAGCCAUCUAUGGACUGCUUGUAAUUCUCUGGAUACUGACCAACACCAAGAGGUCCAGCAAGAGCAGACUAAAGUUAAUGAGGAGUUUGUCAACACUAGAGCUGAAGCCAACAUGUUUUCAAGGAUUCAACGUUCCAGGUCAAGGCAAAGGAAUAUCGAAGACCGCUUACGUGAAAGGGAUGAAGCUGCAAAUGGUGGAAGUAGUGAUGGUUUGCAAGACAGGAUGGAGAGGUCUAAGAUUGCUGGCGUGCGGCUAAACAGGACCACCACAUCAUCAUCCUCUGAACCAUGUGGUGGUGAUGCAAACAAUUCUGGAGCAACACACCCUUUUCGAGGUCAGGAGAAUGAUAUUUAUACCAACAAGAGGAACUCAGUUGAAUUCUUAAAGUGCAGUAAAGAGGGUGGUCUUGGAAGUGGAGUUCACUUAGAUUGUUCCCCAUCUCUGGUUCUAGAAAACAAGAUUGUUAGUUCUGACAGUCUCUUCAAGGUUCCUAAUGACUGCUCCGCUAGAGAUUCAUCAAGAACACAAGUUGCAGAUAGCGUGUGCCAUCCCCUCCCUGAAACUCAUCUAUUUGUUGAGCCCAAAAUUCUUCAAUUUGAAGGUGUUGAAUCAGUAUGCAUGAAUUUUUCAAGUGAAAAAAUGGGGCAGCCACUGGAAAGUGCCCAUCUUGAUCUUGCUGAGGCACAUCCUUUAAAUGAAGACCCAUCUUCUACUGGCUGUUAUCAUGUACCUUGUUCCGUGGGAAGCUCAUUGGUUGAUGGUGUUGAAUUGGGACUUUUAAGCACUGACAGUGCAACAUUGAAGCAGCACCUUCAAUGUGGCAGUCCUGAUCUUAGUCCCACACAUUCUCGAAACAAGGACCCGUGUCCAACCAUUUCCUCUGAAGUACCUAAUUACACGAGUGAACCAUUAGUUGAGCAGGAUACAUAUUGUAAUCCUGAAAUCAAUUCUCUGGAAGGACCAUGUUCUAAGGUCAGCCAACUGCUUGAAAAGGAAGAAACGAAGGCAUGCCCCGAUGCCAAUCCACUGCUUAAAACAGAUGCAUUGCAUACCAUAGGAAGCACCGAAAGAAUAAGAAAUCUUGCCUCUCGGAACUCCACUCCUCUUGAACAACGGAGCUCUGAUCCUCAUGUCUUGCCUUGUCAACGCAGUAGAUCUGUGCAACCAGCUGACAGUAGUUCUCGGCCUCCUCUAUCAACAGGAAUAUUGCCGGACAGUUUGUUGGAAGCGGUUGGUUUAGACCACCUUCCGCAUUCAAAUGAUACAAAUAGCCAAUGCUCCCCAUCUAGGUCUGCUGCAAGCCCAGAUCUGCUUCCACUUCGACUCGUUAAUUCUGGUGAUGUUUAUCAACCGAGCUUCUCUUGUUGUAAAUCACAAAAUAACAAAGAUUCCAAUGGUUGUGCUGUUGAGGGCACCACUGUAUCCAUAGAGAAACCGCCGUCCCAGGAGCAAUAUUUAUUGGAUAGACCACCUAUGGAACUCAAUGGUUUUGCAGAUGAGGAUACUCCCUUGGGCCACACUCUGGGUACACAUAAUGAGAUGCUGAAAGGAAAGAAGGCAGACGACUUGGUGAACUGCCAUUCUGGAAAGCUCAACAGUUCUCAGAAAAAACCCAAGGGUUUGACUGAAGCAUCUGGUUUUUCUUCCGGAAAGAAUGAGUCUGCAGGGCAAAAGGUUGAAAGCAAUAUUUCAACUGGUGUGAUGCACACAACAGAAAGGAGCAGGGGGUUUUGUGCCAUGAACUGCACGGAAGAUCUCCAACAAGAUGGAACAGAACAAGAAACCUCUCCUUUUGAUAAUGCUGUUCAAAUAAAUGCUAAUCGAUGCACCGCAGAUAACAAUAAGCAAAUCAAAUCUUUACGACCUUCUGUUCGAUACUCUUUACGUAGCUUGAUGUCACAUGAGAAAAUUAAUCUGCUCCAGUCAGAAGGAAGAAGUGCUGCUUGUGGCCAGAAGAGGUCAGAUGCAGAUGGAGUUCAAGUAAACGGUGGCCCAUCAUCUAAGAGAAGAAGAAUAAAGCGUCAAUCAAAUGCUGCUCUCUCCAGCUCUCCUAACACAAAUUCAUUGUCUGUGGUCCACCAAGUUGAUAUUGACAAUCAUGUGUUACCCCUUGGAAAUUUCUCAGGGAAGUCUCAGCCUUCAGGCCGUUACUUCUUAAGGGAUUUAGGGUCCUCUGGGAGCAUGUCUCUCAAGUCAGAGGAGAGGAAUGCUGUGAGUCACGGCAACAUAUCAGUAUCUAGUAUCCAUAAUAAAACCAGCAGUUCUCCUGAAAGAUAUAAUAAGGCUAGUUUAGAUAAUGAAAAUGGGAAUUCUCCAGGACAGUUACAAAAUACAUUAGAUGUUGUGAAAACAACCGCUGCUUUGCCUAGCUGCUAUGGUACCUUAAUUGAUAAUGAGAAAUCAUGCGCAGAAGAGGAAAAUCCUUGCUUAGAAGGUAAACACGCAAAUGAUACUUGUUCGAGUGUGGUACACCAGCAAAUGACUCUUCAGAUUGAUAACAUUGCAUCUCAGAGUGUAAUAUUAAAUUCAGAAAAUUAUUCUAGAGAGAACUCAAUUACUAUAUCUGCAAGUUAUGUUUCGGAUCAAAAUGGUGAUCAAGCACAUGCACCAAGUGCAUUGGUUCGUGAGAAUUUAAGUUAUGGCUCCAGUGUAGAACUUGACAGGAGAUGUAAAAGUAAUGGUUCAAAGGGAAGUUUGUUGUCUGGUGCUGCUAUUACUAUGCAAGAUGGGGAUGAAUCUGUUGACUGUGAUGCCACAAUGCCGGAAUUCGAGCGAUUUGAUGUUCCUAUCCAAUUUGACAGCCCAUGUGCUGAGACAAAGACAUCUGAAGCCCUUUGUGAGUCCAGAAAAUUAGUCACCCUCAGUUCAAAGUUCUCAAAUUAUGACACUAACACAGAAAGUGGUGUGAGCCACCUAUUGUCAGCCAUGUCUGGGAAGCCUAUAAACUUCCCUGAUGAUUUGCAACAAUACAGAGCAAAUAAUGAUAGAAGCAUAACUGACAUUUUUGGAGCAUGUGGAUUGGGACUUGAUGAUUCCUUUUCUAUUUAUGAUGUCACAGCUUCAUGUUCUUCAAAUGGUAGCAGUGCAAAAGAGAACAAUGACAAUCCAUUGACCCCAUCAGUUGAAAAAUAUGGCCUGGGGAAACUGUCAGCUAGAUCUGGAUCUAGUUCAGAACAUAUGGGCUCUAUUCCUGAACUAGAAUGCUUCCGAAUUGAUGAACAUAGCAGCAUCGCAGAAGAAAAUGAAUACCAAGGGAUGUUACAUGGAUCUGCUGGUUUGAGUUACUCGCAUCAGUUGCCAUCUGGCAGAAAAGCACUUCAGGAUAUCACUGGAUUAUGUCAAAACACUGUAAAUUCUGCCUCUCUUUCCUCAAUAUUCUUGGAUACAGGUAAUGAGCUCAAUCAUCAGACAGAUCUCAUAAAUGGUCAUGCCAACGAUAAGCCAAAAAACAGUCUUGCUGCUUCAACCAAGAGAGAGAGAAAAAUAUCUGAUUCCCUUCAUCCUAGAUUAAGGAGGACAGAACUACAUAACAGAAAUGGAAGACACCAGAGUGAAGCCAAUAUUGACAAACAAUCUAAGCCUAGCAAUAUUGUUGCCAAUGUGACAUCAUUUAUACCUCUUGUAAAACCAAAGUUGCAACCUACAACAGCAUGUGUGAAAAAAGAUGUCAGAGUGAAGGCACUUGAGGCAGCUGAAGCUGCAAAACGCCUUGAAGAAAAGAAACAAAAUGAACGUGAAAUGCGCAAAGCAGCUGCAAAACUAGAGCGUGAAAGACUGAAGCAAGAGAAAGAAUUAAAGCAAAAACAGGAGGAACAAAAGAAGAAGAGAGAUGCCGAUGUGGCUGCUAAAAAACGGCAAAGAGGAGAGGAGGAAAGGAAGGAAAAGCAGAGAAAAAGAAAAUGCACUGAGGAGGCUCGGAAACAACAGAAGCAGCCUACAGAAAAAAGUCUUGCUGUGAAUGAUGAGAAAGAUGUUUGUCGAAAAACAUCUGAUAAUAUAGAGCUGACAAAACCUGAUGGGAGAACUACCGAACCUGCUAUGACCAAUAUUCCAAACAGUCUUGAAGAGUCAUACCAAAUGUCUCCCUAUAAGGAUUCUGAUGAAGAGGAUGAUGAUGAUUUUGAACAUGAGCAAGAAUCCAGACGUAGGAGGAAAUUUAUUCCUUCGUGGGCUCGGAAAGAAAACUUGGAUAAACUCUUGUUGUCCAAUCAGAGUUUAGACCCUAGAGAACUUUUUGCACAAAAGUGCUCCUUCAACUUAUCUGAUGUUCUUUCAGUUCACAUACCACAACGUGGCUUCAGAUAAGUUUCCAUUUGACGGACUAUCGGCAAUACGUCAUUGCCAAAUUACAUCAUCAACAGUUGUGCAUAUGCUUGGACGGCAUUUUCUUGUAUGCUAGAAAUUAAUCAACGUAGCAGAAAAUUUGUUUCUUGUGGAAUAUUAGAAUUUAGCAGGACAUGUGUUGCCACAUUUGUAUACAUAUUUGGGCAUAACCAAUUUGUACCAGCCGAGUUAUGUUUAUGAAAACCUUUCUGGGCAGUACAGUAAUUACCGAGAUUAUGGAUAUAAACCAGACGGCAAAGUGACCACGACAAUACAUUUGGAAACGAAAACUACGUGAUUUUGGCA